GGAGGUGAAAGAGGAAUGUUUACACACAGCAAACUCAAACCAAGAGAGUGUGUGUUUUUUUGUACAAUUCCUACCCUGGACUGGCAAUGAUGGGAUUUUUUUUUGUAAACACUUUUUACAGGAUAUUGGAAUGAGAAGGAUUUGCACACAGGAAAGUCGAAUCAAAAACUACAUCAAGACCUGACAGUGUGGCUCGUCUUCUAUCAAGAAGAGAAAAGGCCUUAAAAAUUCAGAUCCUGCCAGACCUGCUGAGCUUUUCCUUCAACUUAUGUUUUUGUUUUUGGAUAUUGUCGAGAUCUUGUUGGAUUUGAACAUCGACUGCUUGAAUCUGAGCAGUUGUGAAUGGUGCGGAACUAUUGGCGCAAUUCCCCACUUCCAACUUUAUAUUUGGAGAAAAGGUCAUUGAUGAAGCAGCUGAAGAUGGUUGUGCCUAAGACUCUGCUGUGACAAUCUACUGUAGGCAUGUCCUGUAGCUGAGAGGACUGAACUUCAACAAACACAAACAUCUUCCUGUAUGCCAGGGUGUUUGAAAGGAAAGACCUGCAGUCAGGAAAUUGAAACCAAGCAUCACAUCAGGAUCCGACAGAGUCGUUGAAUGUAGCAUAACUUGAAUUUCAUCAGAUUUGGAACAUGGAGGGAAACAGCACUGUUCACAGCGGGGAGAAGUUGUACACGUGUUCUGAGUGUGGACGAGGCUUCAACCGAUCAUCUGGCCUUUCGAGACACAAACAAACUCACAGUGGGGAGAAACCACGGAAGUGUGGAGACUGUGGGAAAGGGUUUAGAUGCCCAUCUGAACUGGAAAGGCAUCGGCGUAUUCACACUGGGGAGAGGCCAUUUAUCUGCUCUGAAUGUGGGAAAGGAUUCACCCAGUUGUCCACCCUGCAGGAACACCAGCAGGUUCACUCUGAGGACCGACCUUUCAAAUGUCCGAACUGUGGGAAAUGUUUUAAAAGCUCUGGGGAGUUGAUGACGCAUCAACGUGUUCACAGUGAUGAGAGACCCUUUAGUUGUACGGACUGUGGGAAGUGCUUCAGAAGUUCUGGUGAACUGAUGUCCCAUCAGCGAGUUCACACUGACGAAAGACCUUUUAAAUGCUCAGACUGCGGGAAGUGCUUUAAAAGUUCUGGGAACCUUAUGGCACAUCAGCGAGUUCACACUGUCGAGCGACCUUUUAAGUGUUCUAACUGCGGAAAAUGCUUUAAGAGUUCCUGGAACCUGAUAGAACAUCAACGCGUUCACACUGACGAGAGACCAUUCAGGUGCUCUCACUGUGGGACAGGGUUCAAGCAUUCAUCCCAACUUACUGUACACCAGCGAAUUCACACCGGGGAGAGGCCAUUCACCUGCACUGUGUGUGGGAGUGGGUUCACUCAGUCAUCCGACCUUCUGAAACACCAGCGACUGCACACAGGGGAACGGCCAUUCAUCUGCUCUGAGUGUGGCAAGGGAUUCAGUCAGUCAUCCCACCUGCUGAAGCACCAGCGAGUUCACAAGCAAUGGUAGUGGCUGGAUCUUGCACACCUUGGACUGAAUCGUAUUCAUUGGGGUCCGUUUCUGCUGGUAUUGGGUAACAGAGGUGUUAGUAUUUUGAAUAAAGUCAAACCAGUUUUCUUUGAAACACACAGUGUGCUGAUUCUUUCUAAUGUCUCCAACACAAGUUAUUUCCGUGUGAAAGGCUCACCCUCAUCCCCUCUAUCGUCACCUCCAACAAGAAGUACAAGGAGCUCAGGGAGCCUCUUUGUCACUGAGACUGAGCCUUUGCUGCUUCCCUCCCCUUAGCCCACUGGGUCCAAUUGUCUCUAACGUCCCACCCUGCCUGAGCCCUGAACUGAUGUCUUUCUUCGCUUUCUCUUCCAUCUCCCCUCAAGCCCUCUCAGACCUUACAUGUCCAUGAGACCCACCUCUUGACCCAUCAAGCCUAUUCUCAAUAAAUUAUUCUCACACAACUCCCCUGUCUUCACUGAGGUUUUUAACACGUCUUAUCUCUUUGGGUAUUGUCUUACUCUAUUUUAACUCUACUGCCAUCACUUUGUCUGUAAACAAACCAUGACCACAUUGUUAUUUGCAAACUACUGCUUUAUCUCCAACAUUCCUUUCCUCUCUAAACAUCUUGAACAUUUUGCCAUAUCCCAGAUC